GGCGAUCAAGCGUAGUGCGAUUUUCUCUGGAAAUUAAUUUUUCCGAAAAUCAUCGAAAUAUAUCGCGAUCAAUGUACCUAAAUAACAACUUAAAUUUUGGAUUUUAAAUGCAUUCUUGUUAAUAACAUCGUAUAAAUGUUGGUUUUUCCAAGAAAAGUUUGACCAUGAUCCCGUUCUGGAUUGGUAUAUUUUUGCUAGAAGUAAAGGGUUUAAUAAGUUUAUCGCUCAGUUCCCAACUGGAUUCAGUUGUAGAUGUAACCAAUGUAAACCUUUCAAGGAACGUCAAUAAUGAAAAUAACAACGAAUCAACUGUAAUUGAAGUUUUUAAUUUUGAUAAAUGUGAUUGUUCUUGGAAUAUACUCUCCCUUGAAUUUUUCAAAGGAAACGAAUAUUUAUUAACAUUUUCACAAGAUGCUCCAGAAUGUAGAAAUGAAAUAGUACAAAUAGAAUACAUCUAUAACAAGACAGGCCAGAGGUUUCAAAUUUUGAAUAGUCAUUUUUUGGACGAUGGUCUUAUCAUUAUUGUGGAGAGUUUGGUGGAAAAUGACCUUUAUACACUGUUUAUGACGUAUAGGUCGAAUUGUUCCAAUUGUACAGUUGUAUUAGAAUUUAAAGCACCAGAAAAAAUGAAGAAAAACAUUCCAGUUUUUGUAGGCAUAGUUGCAGUGGUAUCGCUAAUAAUAAUAGCAAUGUGUUUUUAUAACAUUAGAUCCAAAUGCAUUUAUAGGUUUAUUCAAGAAUUAAAAAGACUGCCGUUUAUUGUAAAUUGUACCGAUAAACAUUUUGUCGAAUUUGAACACUAAAUUAACGAAUAUUUCCGAAUUGGAUAAAUUAAUUUCAUUUACAAUAAGAUUAUAAAAUAAAAAAAUAAUGUAGAAAUGUUUAUAAAAUUCCGUAUGUGUAGCAACACUGCGUUUCCUCCUAAGAAGAUGGCGACGAAUCUGCGCAGUUCAGAUAUUCUGUGGCGGUUUUAUGGUAGAGUCAUCGAGACAGAAUGAAGUAUAUAUGCCGCCUUUGAGAAACCACAUC